GAGUUGAGGCCUGGAGCAGCAAUGGCGGGACUGGAUUUUACGGACCAAGAUGUUAGAGAACAACUGGGUUUGUUGGGCUACCACAAUGUCCCACAACAUCAACUUCGAGAGUUUAGAAAAGAUCUAGAGGAGCUGAUCAGGCACGAGCGUUCAAAGAGUCAAAGUUCAAGUAAAGCCAGUGAUAGUGUGGAGUCAAGUGGCAGUAUGAAGUCACCAAACUAUGAUUCACAGGUGAGAAAUAGGUCCGUACGUCAACCCCUUGCAGCACCACAAUCUACAGCUUGGCAUGAGUUCAACUCAGGAAUAGAGAAUCAGUCUUCACAUAGAGGGAUUGAGACUUUAUAUGGUCAUCCUGCAGAAUUUCAUCAGUGUGAUGCAUAUAGCAGAUACUCGGUAGUCCCAAAUACAUUUAGAUGUACGUCAGCGCCAACUAGGCUGAUUCUUCAGAACACUCCAGAUCAUGAGAAUAAUGACAGUCAAGUGCAGUAUGAGAACAGCAGCACAAGCAGCCUUGAGGUACCAUCUGAAAGCAACAGAAAACCGAUUAUCCGAAGAAAAGUAUUACGGAGAAAGAAUGGACAAUUGCACGUUUGUGACGAAUCGAUGAUCAGUGAGACUGACUCUGAUGCAGUCAGUGAAUUGGGACAGAGGGUCAGCAGAUUUCAGACUCUUGGCAAUGAAGCAGAGUCUGACAGAGAAAGUGAAGAAUUGAGCAGCACACCUGAUACUGGAAGCAUAGCUAGAAGACGACCAAAUUCUGCCCAACCAUUCUUCACAAGAGACCUGUGGAGCUCUAGGCCAGGAGGAACGGAAGGAUUUUGUUGUAUUUCAAAUGCACCAAAAUCAUUUAUUAGACCACUAAUGGAUCAUCCUCACACAAGAAACAUAAAGAAGAGUGAUCCUGUAGCAAAGUAUUUUGAAUAUAAACGAAACUGGGAAACUUUCAAAGCUCCUGGAGAAAAAGAUAGGAAAGAACUGCGAUGGGGAAUAAGGGAACAAAUGUUUUACAAGAACCAACUACCUCUGAAACCGCAACACAUUUAUGUUCCAAAUAACUACGUUGUACCAACAGAGAAGAAAAGGUCUGCAUUGCGGUGGCAAAUUAGACAUGAACUAGCAAGUGGGACCAUUCCACAGAAGUUCUUCUGCCCUGUAUAGUUGAUUAUCUCCUUUUGUAAUUGACUAGUAAGCAUGAAUUACACAAUGAAGUCAAAGAUUUUAUUGAAUCAUGAAAUAAAAGUCCUCUUUUCCAAA